GGAAUUGCCUAUAAAAGAGAGCAAGGGAGAUAAGACAGACUAAGAGAGAAAGAUGGAGAUGGAGUUUGUAGAGGGAAAGGUGGAAGGAGAGAAGGCGUUUGGGGAUGUUGUUUUUCCAAAGACACUGAACCCUUCAAAGGGAGGAGGGAAUGGGAUGCUGAGUUAUGGAGUGAAUGAGUUGGUGGAGAUGGUAAAAGAAAAAAGAGAGUGGUUGAGUGAACUACUUCAAACCCACUCUGCUCUUCUCUUCAGGGGAUUUGGGGUCUCCACAGCAGAAGAGUUUGGAAGGGUUGUGGAAGCAUUUGGGUGGGAAGAGACGGAGUAUAUGGGUGCCAUCUCACGUUUAAAGAUGGCUGAUAGGGUCUACACAGCCAACGAGGCUCCCCUUGAUCAGCUCAUCAAUUUCCACCAUGAAAUGUCCCUGAUCAAGAAAUUCACUUCCAAGAUAUUUUUCUUCUGUUACCAACCUUCUCCAGAAGGUGGGGAGACAGCAAUUGUGCCUAGCCACACCAUAGUUGAAAAGAUGGAAGAAAAAGUACCAGAAUUCAUGGCCAAGUUAUCUGAAUUGGGUUUUAUUUUCCGACUUCAUCUUCCCAAAGAAUUUGAUCCUACUACCAUCGUUAGCAGGACAUGGAAAUGGUUUCUCAACACUGAUGAAGAAGUUGAAGCUGAAAAGAGGGCCAUGGAAAUGCUUCCUUGUAGUUCCAUCAUCUUCAACAAGGAUGGGAGUGCAGAAAUUGUUUAUGGACCCAUAAGUCCAAUCAAGGAAUUUGGAGGAAGAAAAGUUUGGUUCUUUAGUAUCUUAGGUCGCUCAAGUAAGGAGAAAGAGAUGUGCAUCAGCUUUGGGGAUGGAACUCCUUUUCCAACAGAAGCCUUUGAUGCUUACGAGCAAGUUCUGAAUGAAAAUUGUGUUGAUCUUAAGUGGCAAAAGGGCGACAUCUUAUUGGUUGAUAAUCUCAGUGUUCAGCAUGCCAGGCGCCCUGGGAAGCCGCCGCGUAGCAUAUUAUUAUCUAUUUGCAACUAAAAGAUUGGGUCACCCUUCACACCUUCUUUCCCUUAUUUGUGAUAAAAAUAAGACUUUAAAAUGGUGUUAUAUAUCUUCUAUGGAAGAUAGAAGUACCCUUUAUCUUAGUAAGAUUUCGUUACUUUCUUUA